UGCUCCUCGAUUCUGCUGCGCCGCCCUCAGCCGCAGGGCGCGAGGGCCGACGCCGGCGUUGGCAGCGCUGCGGGCGACCCAAACACGGCGACACAUGGGCGCCCGACCAGCUGACUCAGGGGAGCAGAGGCGAAGACGCGGAAUUCACGUGUAGGAAAAGAAUAUGGCCUCACUUGAUGAUGAGUAUUCAUGGAGCCCUCCAUCUGAGGCUGAACUGAAAGUGAUAGAGGCCAGGAGGGAACGUAAUAACAAAAUAUCUUCCCUAAUUGGGCAGUAUCUUCUGAAAGGUUAUAAGAUGUUAGCCACAACCUGCCCUGUGUGUGAGUGUGUCUUACUGGAGGACCGAAUGAAAAAUAAAUAUUGUGUAGGAUGCAGUGAAGUCGAUGCUGACACCAGAAAGGAUAAUCCAGCUGUUAGUGAGGAAGCAGCCAGGAGAGCAGUGCAGGAGAUUCAGCACAGACAGAACCAGGAUAAAGAGUCUUCACCCAUAUUAACACCCUUAUCUAAUCAGAACAUCAGGGUAGCUACCACCCAGUCAGAACCUACAGCUUUAUUAUCUGUUGCAACAUCCACUAGCGAAUCGCCACCUGCUCAAGCCACUAAGAGUGUGAAAAGCUUGUCCAUCCAUGGUGUUGACUUGCAUGAAGAUGUAACACAAGCUGUAGAUGCCUUGCGUGAGAAGUUGACAUGGGCAAGUAAACAGCUAAAUGCAACAACAAGCAUCCAUGAGGCACAGACUCUGGCAGUAUUGAUUUCAGAUACAUGCAGGGCUAUUUCUGCUCUAAGAGAUCUUUAAAGAGUGAGAAGAGAAUGACAAAUAUGUUGCUUUGUUUUAAAAGCCUUUAAUCUCUGCUAGAAUUAUGUUUUUAUGCUCAAUUUACUUCCUCUUUUUGGAACUGUUUUUUGGAACUGUUAAUUUCAAGCAUUAUUUUUCACUGGCAAUUAUAAAACAUUGUGUUGCCUGGUCAGGAUCAUCAUACCUUUAAAAAUGUAUUGCAGUUGAAAAACAACAUGGCAGAUAGUACAGAACAGAUUAUUUAUUCAUAAAAUGGCUCUGUUACAUAAAGUCAGCACAACUUACGUUUUCCUUGAGACACCCAAGCAUGUCAAGUAGUGCUUAUAUAGGCUGUGAUACUUGCCUAACUUAUGAAUAUGCUGUAUGACAUCUGUAACUAUAAUAAAUUGAAUGAUAUUA